AUGGACAAGGAUUGGAUGCGCGUGCCAAAUAGGUUUACGUCACGGGAGUAUGCUGAAGGGAUUAAGCAACUCCUCACAAUGGCGAAAGCCCAUGCACCUGGAAGCACUACCUUUAGGUGUCCAUGUAAAAGAUGUUGUAAUAACAUUUUCUUAUCAAUAGCUCAAGUCGAAGAUCAUCUUUUCACGAUAGGUAUUCUCCCAAGUUAUACACAUUGGAUAUUUCAUGGGGAGAGUGAAAGUUGGAGUGCUAAUUCGUCAGACAGUGAUCAGAAUACAUAUAAUGACAGUCAUAAUUAUGUUGAUGAUAUGGAUGAGAUGAUAGAGGACAUUCGCGCCGGUGCAUUCAUGGACCAUGAUUCCAUGGAACAGGGUACUACUUCACAACCUACCAUGAGUGAGCGGCAAUCGAAAAAUUUUGAACAAUUGUUAGAUGAUGUCAGAUGUCCACUUUAUCCUGGUUGCGAAAAAUUCUCUAAGCUUUCAUUUAUAGUUAAGCUACUCCAUAUCAAAACUAUUGGUGGGUGGACUAUCAAGUCAUUUAACAUGGUUUUACAAUUGUUAAAAUCAGCUUUCCCAGACAUUCAGUUGCCAAACUCAUACCAUGAGGCUCGACGCUUAGAGCAUGGGUUGGGUUUUAGUUAUGUGAAGAUAGACGCUUGCCCAAAUGAUUGCAUGCUAUUUUGGAAAGAUGAUGCUGAUAAAGAAAGUUGUUCUAAAUGCAACGAGUCAAGGUGGGUGUCCAGUAGAAGAAAAAAGGGGAGGAUUCCCCAAAAGGUAUUGCGAUACUUCCCUCUGAAACCUCGGUUACAAAGACUGUUUAUGUCAAAGAAUAUUGCAAAAGAAAUGAGAUGGCAUAAAGAAGAACGACUUGAUGACCACAGUACUUUAAGGCAUUCUGCUGAUUCUAAGAUGUGGAGACAAUUUGAUAAAGACUACACCUGGUUUGCAGAAGAUGCUCGGAAUGUGAGAUUGGGGCUAGCCAGUGAUGGAUUCAAUCCAUUCAACAAUAUGAGUAAACCUUAUAGCAUUUGGCCUGUGAUACUCGUGCCAUACAACUUGCCUCCUUGGUUGUGCAUGAAAGAUCCGUACUUAAUACUCUCCUUACUCAUACCUGGGCCCAAAGCACCGGGAAACGACAUAGAUGUUUAUUUGCAACCUUUAGUGAAUGACUUAAAAGAAUUAUGGGAGGACGGCAUAGAUACCUAUGAUGCAUCAAAGCGUGAAAAUUUCCAGUUACAUGCUGCACUAUUAUGGACAAUUAAUGAUUUCCCCGCAUAUGCCAAUCUUUCUGGGUGGAGCACAAAAGGAAAGAUGGCUUGCCCAUUAUGCAGGGAAGACACAGAUUCAAAGUGGUUGAAACAUGGGAGGAAACAUUGUUAUAUGGGUCAUCGUCGCUUCUUGCCAUCCACGCAUGCUUGGAGAAAGAAAAAGGCUGCAUUCAAUGGAUGUGAGGAUCAUCGCUUGCCACCUCCAGAUCUAGUAGGAUAUGAUGUACUCCAUCAACUAGAGCAGAUUGGUAACACCGAAUUUGGUAAAGGGUCUCGAAAGAGAAAACGCACACCAUCUGAAUUGAACUGGACAAAACAAAGUAUAUUCUUCCAUUUACCUUAUUGGUCCAUGUUACCAUUAAGACAUAAUCUCGAUGUCAUGCACAUUGAAAAAAAUAUUUGCGACAAUGUCUUAGGAACAGUGAUGGAUAUUGAAGGAAAAACCAAAGAUACAGCUAAUGCACGUAGGGAUUUGAUGGAGCUUGGGUUAAGGAAGGAAUUACAUUUACAACCUUCGGCGAAUGGGUACUCCAUGAUGCUUGGCUCCUACACAUUGGAUAUCGAUCAGAGGAGACGUUUCUGUGAAUGGCUUGCAUCUGUUAAAUUUCCCGAUGGUUUUGCCUCGAACAUCUCUAGAUGUGUUUCAGUUGCUGAUGGAAAGAUAUCAGGAAUGAAAAGUCAUGACUGUCAUGUGUUCAUGCAAAGAUUACUUCCGGUUGCAAUUGGGGGGUUUUUACGAUCUGAUAUUCAUCUUGCAUUGACCGAGUUCAGUUCGUUUUUCAAGGCCUUGUGUGCCCGAACGUUAACACUAGACAUAUUGAAGCGACUACAAAAUGACAUUGCGAUUAUCCUCUGCAAGCUUGAGAUGAUUUUCCCACCUGCUUUCUUCGAUAUCAUGGUACACCUCGCCAUUCACUUACCCCGCGAGGCUUACCUUACAGGGCCUGUUCAAUAUAGGUGGAUGUAUCCUUUUGAGAGAUAUUUGGGAAAAUUCAAGCGUUAUGUAAGGAAUAAGGCUCGCCCAGAAGGUUCAAUUGCUCAAGCAUAUGUCCAUGUUGAAUGCUUAUCCUUUUGCUCCCUGUACAUCCAUGAUGUUGGGACCAUACAUAAUCGGGAGGAAAGAAACAGAGAUAUAGAUAAGGGUAUAGAAUCUGAACAUUUCUCUAUUUUCUCACAAAAGAUACGUCCUUUGGGCUCACCUACCUCCAAUCGAUUAGAUAAACCACUAUUUGCAAAGGCAAGGUGGUACGUGCUUAAUAAUUGUGCUGAGAUUAGUCAAUACCUAGAUGAACACCUGACGAAGUUGAAAGAAAUUUCAUCCGAGAAUAUCGAUCGUAGACAUCAAGUUGAAUUUCCAAGUUGGUUUCGUACACGGAUUCAAGAAAUACGUUCAACAAGUCCUGAUGACGUGGCAGAUGACAUUUAUGCACUCGCUUGUGGACCAGAUCCAUGGGUCUCUUCAUAUUCUGCUUGCAUAAUGAAUGGCAUCAGAUUCCACACAAUAAAGCAUGGAGAAUUUCGUGCAACCCAGAAUAGUGGGGUUGUUGUUCAAGGGGAACACCGAUCACAGCCUGUUGAUUUUUAUGGUGUAUUGAUUGACAUAUUGCAAUUACGUUAUAUGGGUUGGCGUCAUGUAUAUUUGUUUAGAUGUGAUUGGUUUGAUAUCGGUGAUAGGAGGAGAGGAAUACGUGUUGGGGACCACCUAACUAUUGUUAACACUGCUCGCAAAUGGUAUAAGGAUGAACCAUUCGCCCUUGCUUGUCAAGCUUCCCAAGUGUUUUACCUUAAAGACACUAACCUGGGUGGUAAUUGGUCCGUCGUGCAAAAGAUUACAAGUAGAAACGUGUAUGAUGUUCCAACUAUGCCCGUGGCCAACGAUGAUGUCGAUGAUGCCGAAAAUCUGAAUGUUCCUGCUUUCCAAGAGAAUGACCCCUCAUAUGUAGAAGUUGUACCCGAAUGUGAUGAUGAUGAUACUGGGCAGGGGUUGCAUAGAACUGACGUGGAACCAACCCAUAUUGCUGAAGAAAGAACAUUGCAACAUGCAAUACCCUCACAAGCUGAUGAUGAAGAAUUCAUUGAUGAUGAAGAGGAUGAAAAUGAUGAUAAUCAUACUCAUAGCAGUGAAGACAUUCUCUCGGACAGCCAGUCUUCGUCUGACGAUGGUAUGAUUCUAUGCUAG